UCGUAAAUACUCUACACGCGUUUGACACAUGCAUCCAAGCCGUUGGAUAGACAAGGAUUGAUCAGUUUCGAGCACACUGAAAGUGAUGGGGAAAUAUAGGGAGAAAUACCGAUGGAAAAUAUCCCUUGUUAGAAUCUGCGCAAUGUGCGGUCUCAUUGCCGGAACAAAGGCACAGUGCUUCGUCGGGAACGAACCGGACUCAAGAGGGGGCGCAGCCUGGGUGAUGCCGACACGAGACCCGUGCGUGUGCCGAGGAAAAGCGCUUUCGCUCGGUGGGCUAAAUAUCAGGCCUUUAACUCGACCGUUCAAGCCGACCUACAUCAACCUGUCAGAUAUGACGACAUCGGCUCGUUCGAGUCCAGCUUUUACUGGGUUGACAAGCUGUCCUGACAAAAUACAAUGUCAUAAAUUUGACAAUGUGUCUGACGAGGUGUAUCGCUAUGAAUUUGCGAAGCUCCCAAAGUUUCCUGGCGAUAAAGUUUUGGUAAACUUCUCCGUUCGUGCCCAGAGUGACGUGUACAUCUCACUAACCAGUCAGAACAAAGACGUGAAUGACAUGUACGAGAUAAUAAUUGGUCGGUUCUAUGGUGUGAAGUCAGCGAUUCGUCGGUGUAGCGAAUGCAGUGACCUGGUUAGCGAUUUCAAGGUAGCAGGCAGGCUACUAGACCGGUCCGAGUUCAAGCACUUUUGGGUGAGUGCAAUCCCGGGCAAGCAGCCGCCUGAUCAGGAUGUGGAGAGGAGUACGCUGAUCGUCUCCGUCGGAUUGGGUUCCGAAGAAGCCUUCAUGACCUAUGAGGAUUCCUCCCCGCUUUCCGUCGAGUACUUGGGAUUCAAGCAGGGUGACAACACUCUCGGAAGUUACGAGUUUUGCGGUCUAGAGUUGCGAGAGUAGGUUGUUUCAAUCAACGAGGAAUCGCAGGCCAUGUGGCACUCAAUGCUAAAC